AUGGCUGACACCAAGACCUCCUUCACCUCGCCCAAAGAUAGCGCACCACCGCCGGCCUACGAUGCGACUGCUGGCUCCUCCUCCACAGCUGCGGACGCGCUUUUUCAGACCAGCUUUGCCUCGCUGUCGCUGCACAUGACCGACCGUAUCCGCCUCGUGCAGUUUGGCGCCGACGACGUUGCCGCCGUGCGCGGCGCCAUCCGGCAGUCCUGGCCCGACGGUAUCCAAGCGGAGCGGCCCUACUCCGUCUCGCACGAGUUCAAGCUGCGCGGGCGGCCUUGGAGCGGCUCCGGCACCGGCAGCUACGCCGUGCCCGCCAUCACGCUCAUGCGCGACCUCUUCGCCUGUCUCUACGCCCGCGGCUGGAUCCUGACGGCCUCGACCGACGUCUCCCGCAAGGAGCUCGACAAGGACACGCUCAUCUUUCGCCGGCAGGGCGGCGGCCCGCCGCCGCCGGCCUCGUGGAUGGCCAUCUCGUUCAAGCAAGGGGACAAGAUCCGGCUCCUCGGCGCGUCGUCGGAGCUCAUCGCGGCGCUGCGCGCGCUGCUCACCGGCAUGCGCCUGCUGCAGGCCCAGGCGGUCAAGGACGCGGCACGCUCCCAGUACGAGUUCAAGCUGUACGGCCACCCGUGGCACGCGUCGGGCGAGGAGACCAUGGUCGCGCGCCUGCUGAUCCUGCGGUUCGUCGAGAUACUCGAGCGCCACGGCUGGAGCCUGUACGCGAGCAUCGAUCAGAACAGCGGGCCGUCUGGCGACAGUUCCUAUAGCGAGACGGACUGCUGGUAUUGUGUCAAGUCGUCGGAUUGGACGCCGGGCAGUGUUAUUUUGCAUAGGUAG